AGCUGCUAGAGCAGCGGGCGGAGAGGCGCCCGGGUCAGAGUAGGUCGCGCACAGCAGACCCUCGCUACCUGGAUUCGCUUUAUCUGCUCCUACUGAAGUGCUCAUGACCGAGUUAUCCGAAAAGGAGGAAAUCUGUUUCGGGUGAGCCCAGGCCGUCCAGGAGAUACGAUGGCCGAGAAGCGGAUACCGGAGACCAGACUGAGGUUGGGUUUAAAACCAAGGUACAGAAUUCUCAUAGGAAUGCCAACAGUGAACAUGUCAUGCCUACUUUAACACCCCAUCACCUGAAGGCAUGACAGCUAAGGAACAUACAUGGACUUGUGACACAUGGAAAUGUGUGCACAGAAAAAGGAAAUCUGUAAUUCUUUAGAAGUAAUCAGGUGUUCUUCAUCAAAAUGGGCAUAUUCUGCUCAGUAAUCAAGUUUGAAAACCUUCAAGAAUUAAAGAGACUGUGUCACUGGGGUCCAAUCAUCGCCCUGGGAGUUAUUGCAAUAUGUUCUACAAUGGCAAUGAUUGACUCUGUGUUGUGGUAUUGGCCCUUACAUACAACUGGAGGAAGUGUGAAUUUCAUCAUGUUGAUAAACUGGACCGUCAUGAUUCUUUAUAAUUACUUCAAUGCCAUGUUCGCUGGUCCUGGCUUUGUCCCUCUGGGAUGGAAACCGGAAAAUUCCCAGGAUAGCAUGUAUCUCCAGUAUUGUAAAGUCUGCCAAGCAUACAAGGCACCACGCUCACAUCACUGCAGAAAGUGUAACAGAUGUGUGAUGAAGAUGGACCACCACUGCCCCUGGAUCAACAACUGCUGUGGGCACCAAAACCACGCUUCAUUCACGCUGUUCCUCCUGUUAGCUCCGCUGGGAUGUAUUCAUGCUGCCUUCAUCUUUGUAAUGACCAUGUACACGCAGCUUUAUAAUCGGCUCUCCUUUGGGUGGAACACAGUGAAGAUUGAUAUGAGUACAGCCCGGAGAGAUCCUCUUCCAGUUGUUCCCUUUGGAUUAGCUGCAUUUGCUGCCACCUUAUUUGCCUUGGGAUUAGCUUUAGGAACAACCAUCGCUGUUGGGAUGUUGUUUUUCAUACAGAUAAAAAUUAUUCUUAGAAACAAAACUUCUAUUGAAUCAUGGAUUGAAGAGAAGGCUAAAGAUCGAAUUCAGUAUUACCAACUAGAUGAAGUCUUCAUUUUUCCUUAUGAUAUGGGAAGUAGAUGGAAGAACUUUAAACAAGUAUUUACAUGGUCAGGAGUCCCGGAAGGCGAUGGACUGGAGUGGCCAAUAAGAGAAGGCUGUCACCAGUACAGCUUAACGAUAGAACAGUUGAAACAAAAAGCAGAUAAAAGAGUCAGAAGCGUUCGCUAUAAAGUAAUAGAAGAUUAUAGUGGGGCCUGCUGUCCUUUGAAUAGAGGAAUCAAAACCUUCUUCACGAGCCCCUGCACUGAAGAACCUCGAAUACAGCUGCAGAAAGGGGAGUUCAUUUUAGCCACAAGAGGGUUACGAUACUGGUUGUAUGGAGACAAAGUUCUUGAUGAUUCCUUUAUAGAAGGUACUUCAAGAAUAAGAGGAUGGUUUCCUAGAAACUGUGUGGAAAAGUGCCCCUGUGAUGGUGAAACAGAUCCAGCCCCAGAGGGUGAGAAGAAAAACAGAUAGCCACUGUUAACAGUGAAAACACUCUUUAAGUCCCCUACAUUACUUGAAAAUUGUAUAUAUUACCCAAGAAUUAUGCAAUGAGCCUACUCUGGUUAAGGUGUUCUUUUCCUCAGAGGUGCCCUAGUGCCAUGAUUUGAAUAUUUUUCUUACCAUUUUGAAAUGGAGAAGCCAUUCUGCAUACGCCUUUGAACUCCUGCCCCUCUGCCUCACUUCUUCCCCCUAAAGGAAACUGUUUCUUCUACCCCAGUAAGCAAAUUGCAUUUUCUCUAGGGUUUCUAUGUGCUGCACACCGUGAACCUCACCUGCAGAUCUAGUUCCCCCUUAGCCAGGAGCAUCUGCAUGUGAUAGUUUUGUUUCUUCCUCAGUUGACACUUCUUUCUUAGUAUUCUAGAUACUAUAGAACUUGUCAGAUUCUAUGUAAAUUCAAAUUUUGUUACUUGUCUUUUAAUAAUGCAUAUUUUGUCAAAUCCAAUAAAGAUCAAUGGUUGUUCUGUAAAGA